AUGUCUGAAAUCUUCGCUUCUAAGCGAGUCUCUACUGCUGAGUGCAGCCGUCAUCUACAGAUCUCCUCUGGUCUCUCUCCGAAGGCUAGGCUUAAGCUUCGUUUGACAUGGUUAUUUAAUCGCUCACCGAAGUCUCGAUCUCUGCCAUCUUGCUCCAACACCCGUGUACUUCCAGUGGUCAUAUACCGUCGGUUUGAGUUGGAGUCACCGGCCGGAGGCUUCUCACGCAGCUGCUAUAAUCUUCCGUCACGGAGGACACGGUACUUUUACCCGUCGUCUUCAUCCCUCCGUUACGAGAGCUAUCAAAGUUGGGCUUGGCCCAUUUUGAGUAUUGGGCUUGUUAGCCUUUCAAGCCCAUCUUCUGUGCUUUCAAAAACUAGGUUAUGUGCUGAUUAUUUACUUUGGUGUUACUACUGA